GUUCGAUCGCUUUGUUCUCAGCUGCGGGGUCGGCCCAUACAUUGUGCAGCGCUCCUCGCAGGCGUCACUGCAGUGCCGACCAGAGAGGAGACGCCGGAUGGCCUUGAGCUGCACUUCGGCCUCAACUACCUAUCUCGCUUUCACCUGGUGACCGCCUUGCUCGAGAAUUUCCAGGCCGCAGGAACCGAGAUGUCACCGGCCAGGGUCCUCCUGUGCGGAUCCUCGCGGCACCGCGGGGAGCCAGUGCUUGGUUUUUCCGGGCUCGGCCCUGCAUUGCCUGUCGGCCUGGGCGACUUCAAGGAUAUGCAGCUGGAAGAUACCAACGCCUACAGGCCGUGGAAAGCCUUUGGCCAAGCUGCGUUGUGCAACGUGAUGUUGGCAUAUGCGCUGCAGAAGAGGUUCCAUGAUGCGAACGACCACAUCGCAGCAGUCUGCUUUGACCCAGGGCCGCUAAUGACGGCGUGGGAUCUUUACAG